AUGUUCAGAGCUAAGGAGCUGCUUCUGCCGCGCGGGAUCUUCGAAAACCCCAUGCUUCGCCUUCAUUUGCGGUGCUUUCGGUUGUACGGCUACGUGGCCUCCAAUUACCAGCGGAGGCCCUGGCUGUCACAGUCGCGCUGCAUCCUUUUCACGGCCUCUAUCUGGGUGAGCUGCGUCCUGAUGCUGGCACGCGUCUUUCAAGGCUACGAAAGGCUAAACGAUGGAGCCACUACCUGCGCCACAGCCUUACAGUACUUUACCGUGUCUAUUGCCACCAUAAACGCCAUCGUGCGGAGGGAGCGAGUGGUUUCUAUGUUGCGCGAGGUCCAUGAGGAUAUGCAGAAGCUUAUGAAGGAGGCGGAUGAUCAGGAGCUGGAUCUUGUGUUCUCUACCCAGAAAUACACUAGGACGAUCACUUUAAUUUUGUGGGUUUCCUCAAUAGGAGCUGGGCUAAUGGCCCUGUCGGACUGCAUCUAUCGGACACUCUUUAUGCCGCAAACCGUGUUUAACUUGCCCGCCGUGCGCCGCGGAGAUGAAAGACCCCUGUUGCUUUUUAGGCUUUUUCCCUUUGGCGAGCUUUACGACAACUUUGUGGUCGGCUUUCUGGGCCCCUGGUACGCUCUCGGGUUGGGGGUCACAACUAUUCCUCUGUGGCACACCUUCAUCAUGUGCCUCAUGAAGUACGUGCACCUGAAGCUGAUGAUACUGAACAAGCGGGUGCCUGAGAUGGAUAUCAUGCGCCACAAUCCAUUCCUAGACCUGGAUCGCCUGACACCCGCUCAGCUGAACCGCUGGCGAAUCCGGCUAUUUACAAAGUUCGUUACGGAUCAUCUGAAGAUCCGAAAGUUCGUUAAGGAGCUAGAGCUGCUUAUCUGCGUGCCUGUUAUGAUAGACUUCAUCAUCUUCUCCAUUCUUAUAUGCUUUCUCUUCUUCGCCUUGGGUGUUGGCUCCCCCACCAAAAUGGAUUACUUUUUUAUGUGCAUCUAUAUAUUUGUCAUGGCUUCCAUUCUGUUGAUCUAUCAUUGGCAUGCUACCCUGAUUUCUGAAUGUCAUGAUGAAUUGUCUUUUGCCUAUUAUUCAACGCCCUGGUAUGAGUUUGAGCGUUCUGCACAGCGAAUGAUUCUAUUUAUGAUGAUUCAUUCCCAGAGGCCUUUGCAAAUUCGUGCCCUGAUGAUACCAGUGAAUCUGGGGACCUUUUUAGACAUUGUACGAGCCGCCUACAGUUACUCCAAUCUCUUAAGGCAGAUAUAUUAGACGAAGAGCUGUUUCCACGGGUCAUCGACAGGCUGGA